AUGGCAGACCAUGACACAUUGAUCAGCAACUUUUGCGAGCUGACGAGUUCGUCCACUGAGCAGGCCGCCGAGUAUCUCAGUGCCAGCAAGUGGGAUAUCGACUCAGCCGUUACUUCAUACUACACGGACAUGGAAGAAAGCGGACAAGCCGCGGCGCCCGCCGCGUCAGCUGCGGCAGCCGAACCCGAGUACACUGGUCCCCGGACACUGGACGGUCGCCCAGCGCCGCAAUAUGCCACGGCAUCUUCCUCAUCGACCGCAAAGAAACCACAAAAGCGAACGGGCCUGGCCACCUUGAGCUCUCUCGGUGGCGGGCAUGACCACGACGACGAGGAAGAGGACGAAGACUACGAUGAUGAAGAGGAUGAGCGACGUGGCCCAAGGGAUCUCUUUGCCGGCGGAGAGAAGUCUGGUCUGGCCGUCCAGGAUCCUAGUCAGCGCCAGUCUGACUCGCGCAAGAUCCUCGGUGACAUCAUGAACAAAGCUCGAUCAAGCGCUCGGGAGAACCGGGAAGCUGAGGAGGCCGCCGGGCCCGCGAGGGCCCGUUUCCGUGGCACAGGCCAAACCUUGGGCGGCGACGGUGUCGAGAGCCGUACGAUCCCCGACCCUCGCGGCAGCGCUAUUCCGACCGCAACCAACGAAGGCCCAGUACAGGAGCGCGUCUUGCACAUCUGGACCGACGGGUUCAGCAUCGACGAUGGGGAGCUGCGACGCUUCGACGACCCCCAAAACCGGGCCGAUCUGCAGAUGAUUCGGGAAGGACGGGCACCGGUUCAUCUAAUGAACAUCCAAAUGGACCAACGGGUCGAUGUUAAGCUUGAGCAACAUAACGAAGAAUACAGGCCUCUGCCGAAGGUGUAUCGACCAUUCGGGGGCGAGGGACGGCGUUUGGGAAGCCCUGUUCCGGGCGAGCCCGAGGCCCCGCAACCUGUGACGUCCGCCCCGGCGGCCACGAGCGCCAACCAGGGCUUGUCCACUGGCGUGGACGAGUCACAGCCCACCCUGAUGCUUCGCAUCCAGCUUCCUGACGGGACUCGGCUCCCCGCGCGCUUCAACACGAUCCAAACGGUUGGUGACGUCUACGACUUUAUUCAGCGCUCCUCGCCUUCCCAUUAG